AUGUCUCGAAUAAUAAAGAACAUCGUUAUCACACCAGUUGCAUUUCAUGAUAUGCCAUUGCUGAAUAGUGUUGGUGUACAUGAGCCAUUUGCUUUGCGCAGCAUUAUCGAAAUCAUUACCGACUCCACUUAUGGCUUGGGCGAGUCAUACGGUGACUCGGCUCACCUAGCCCGCUUGGAGAAAGCAGCUGAGGGCAUCAAGGGUCUUUCCGUGUAUGAUACAAAUGCGAUUUAUCAAGUCUGCACCGACUCUUUGAUCGGCGACACUUCCACAGGUGGCGAUGGAAUGGCCGGCAUGGUCACCACCGCAUCUGUUGUCGACAAAGUUUUCUCUCCUUUCGAGGUUGCUUGCCUGGAUAUCCAAGGAAAGAUUGCCGGACUUCCAGUGAGCGACUUACUUGGUGGACGGGUGAGAGACUCCGUUCAGUAUUCUGCAUACCUCUUUUACAAAUGGGCCGGGCACCCUGGUCAGCCAGAUGACGAAUAUGGGGAAGCUCUGGACCCAGAGGGUAUCGUGAAACAAGCAAAGAAGAUCAUCGAUGAAUAUGGGUUUAAGGCCAUUAAGCUGAAGGGUGGUGUCUACCCGCCUGCGCAGGAGGUCGAAGCGAUCAAGGCGCUGCAUGCUGCAUUCCCCGGUGUGCCCUUGCGACUUGAUCCGAAUGCAGCAUGGACCGUGGAAACCUCAAAUUGGGUAGCCCAGGAGUUGGACGGUAUUGUUGAGUAUCUGGAGGAUCCAGCCCCGGAGAUUGAGGGCAUGGCGGCGGUUGCCAAAACAGCUUCAAUGCCUUUGGCAACGAACAUGGCCGUUGUUGCAUUCUCUCAUCUCCCACCUUCGGUUGCGCAAGAUGCGGUACAAGUGAUUCUGUCUGAUCAUCACUUCUGGGGGGGUCUUCGCAAGUCCCAAACAUUAGCAGCUAUUUGUGCAAUUUGGAAUAUGCGGUUGUCCAUGCAUUCCAAUAGCCACCUGGGUAUAUCUCUCGCCGCCAUGACUCAUUUAGCAUCUGCGACGCCAAACCUGGAUUAUGCUUGCGACACACACUGGCCUUGGAAGCUUCGCGAGGAAGAUGUGAUUGUUGAUGGUGCACUCAAAUGGGCCGACGGUGGUGUUGUGGUGCCAACUGCCCCAGGCCUCGGAAUCGAACUCGAUAGAAAAAAACUGGCGCUACUCUAUCAGCAAUACCUUGACUGUGGGAUGACAAAAAGAGACGAUACCACGUACAUGAAGAAAUUCCGACCCGAAUUUUCGCCGCACAUCCCGAGGUGGUGA